ACAGCUGCAUUGAACAGAAGAUCCGUCUGCUGUACAAAGUGGAAGAUGGACAGAACAGCCACUGUGACCAUCGUCAUCCUCCUUCUGUGUGCCAUUGCUGCACAGGGUGUUCCGAUCCCAGGAGCACAAGGACGGUGCCAUUGCAUUCGAACCAGCUUUGAUAUUAUUCAUCCGACGUCCAUCAGGAGCUUGAAAUACAUUCCCAGUGGAUCCCACUGUGACAGAGCAGAGCUAAUUGUCACCCUGAAAAAUGAGAAGAAAGUGUGUGUGGAUCCUGAUGCCAGGUGGUUGCAGGCUCUCAUAACAGCCAUGAAAGGUGGAAACAACACUAAUCAAAAAACUGAAGCUGCAAACUGAGCGAAUGAAUUCCAUCUCCAGAUUAUCCGAUGGGGAAUGAUGGAAGCUCAGCCCUGGGUGUUGACCCUGUGAUAUCACCAUCCAGUGGUUCAUUCCAGUGUCCUCUUCAUUGUCUUCUGAGAGUGAUCUUGGAGUUCCUUCCUGUCACAGGACAUUUUUUGACCUGGACACAUGACCUGUUUGUAUUUGAGGCCACCAUCUGAUGUUUGCGUUGAACUUUGCACAAAUCUUAGGUUUCUUGUGCCAUUUAUGGUAAUUAAAGUAGAUUCUGGACCUGUGACCUUGUGGAAAAGUGUAAAUGAGACUGGAGUCUUUUGCUAAAACUUAAUAUUAGCUAUCGGGUUGGGAGAUGAUGGUGGUAUUAAACUAAGAUGGUGGAUGAAUCUCCAUGACUACAGAGUUAAAAUGAUCUCAGGCCACAAGGGAAGCCAGUGAUGAGGUGGUGGACUGUGCUCUUUGCCAUCCCUGAAAUUAAAGCAGGUGAACCCAUGAGAUUGUGUACAACGAUCCCCACUCCUAUCUUCCUCUUUCCUGUUUAAAUUCUGUUCGGAAAUGGUGAUAUACUGAUGGAAGUACAUUGGACCAAAUGUGUUCUAAUUUGAAUGAAACAUUCUUCUAUAGAAAUACCAGUGCAAAUGUUUGAAAAUCACUCUGUGCCUUUUUACUGCAAUGUUUUUGACAGUUGAUAUUUUCAUUAAAAUAUGGUGUUUUCUUUGCAAGUUGCCAGAUUUUAGAACCUAUCUAAAAUUUGUUGAAUUAAUUCUCCGUUGAUGCAAUUUUUAUGUAAAAUAUCUACAUUUUAGAAGAUAGUGCUGCUAAUAGUCUGAUAAUCACUGGAUGAAAUAAAAGUUUUAAGUAAGAAUAAACUUUAUAUGUGGAUGGAAAUAUUUUGUCUUGAGGGAACUUUUACUGACUGGAUUCAGUUUAUCAUCCAUCAAAGCUGGACUUUUGAUAUAUGUGAAUGAAUUUGUUGAGCAUUCCUCAAAUGU